AUGACAAAAGACAAUGACAAAGACAAUGUACAAGAUGCCCUCAUGAAAGGCCAAUGCAGCAUCAGACAGCUACCACCUGGUCGCCCAAUUAUUUCACAGUGUGAUACGCCAACACGUAACAUAGGCGCUUACUGUGAUUAUUUUCUCAUUCCUAUCGUACAAAAACAAUCAACAUAUAUUAAGGACACUACAGAUUUUAUCAACAGAAUAGAAACCCUCAAACUUCCAGCAGACGUGCUGAUGAUUACAUAUGAAGUAACAAGUAUGUACACUAACAUGGAAUUUGAUAAGCUCCUCUCUGCCGUCAAUGAAGCAUAUCAAAGCGCUAACAAGCCACAAAGAGACAUCCCUUAUCCAGAUGCUGAAGAUCUUAUCUUCCUAUUAAAGUGUGUCUUAGAAAACAAUUACUUUGAAUUCAAUGGAAAAUACUACAAACAAUUUAUAGGCUGUAGUAUGGGUGCGAUACCAUCCCCUGAAAUCUCAGAUACAAGAAUGUAUCAAAUCACAAAUCAUAUUAUGUCAAAAUUCAAAUUCGCCAACCAAGUCCUCUAUCAUGGUAGAUAUAGAGAUGACGGGUUUAUAGCCUUCAACGGCACAAAAGAGGAAACCCUAGAAUUCUUCGAUAUCGGCAAUACCUGUCACGAUCACUUAAAAUUCACCUUUGAAAUCUCAGAUGAAAGUGUUAACUUUCUUGACACCACAGUAUACAAAGGCCUGAGAUUCCAAAAGAGUAAUGUCCCCGAUAUACAAUCAUAUGUAAAACCAACAAAUAAUUUUCAGUAUUUACACAGAGAAAGCGCCCACAGUCCUUCAGUAUUUAAAGGACUUAUAAAAGGUGAAUGCAUCAGACAUGCAAGAAAUACAAGUGAUUCAUCUAUCCUGACAACAGUUUUAGCAAACUUUAAGACACACUUAAUCAAGAGAGGUUACUCUGAUAAGGAAAUCGAUCCCAUUAUCACUGAAAUGGGCAAAACAAACAGAAAAAA